AUGGGAUACAAAGCUAGCAGUGCUUGGGAUAAAUUUGCUGAACAUGAGCCGGAGGCAGGCAGAAACAAGGAGAAGUCCCACCAAGGCUUCGGGAAAUUUUACGCGAAGGAAAUAGAACAACUAAAGAAGAAACCAUGUUGCAGAACCUUUGUCAGGAUAUUGUUUAUCAUCAUUGGAAUUCUCACAAUAAUUCAAUCAAUAGUGGUGAUAGCAGUGACCAUAGCGUCGGCGAUCGCUUCGAAGCUGUUCAACAGAGAACAGUCAAGUCGUCUGGUGGCGAUGAUAAUCCUCGCGGUCACAGCUGCAGUAACCAUAUCCGCUGUUAUUUACGGCCUGACCGCCGCGAUUAUGGUUAUAUUGGCAAUCAUACAAGCUGUGAUCCUUGGAGUCUGCAUGAAGGUAACGACAGAAGACGAGAUCCUAUUGAACCGGUCUCUUGUUGACUCCUUCCGCUUGGCGAGAGAAGAUAACCCACGGCACAUGAAACUUUGGGCCACGACACAGAGUGAUCUCAAUUGCUGCGGUGUAUACAGCCCAGAAGACUAUCGACGGCCCAACUUGCCUCCGUAUUUCGCCCCAGACGUACCGAUAUCCUGCUGUCCAGGGUACGACCCGCACCGAUCAGAACUAGUCCAGGAAAGGGAGAGGGAGGCUUGUAAGGCCAGACACGAAUUCUAUGAAUCGGGGUGCAGGGCUCCGGUACUGGAGAUGUUCAAGUUCACGUGCACCCUGGUUCUGUCUAAUACUAUACUGUUAAUUAUUUUCGAGAUACUAUUAGCGAUUAACGCAGUAAUGGUCUUAAGAAAAACGCGCAAACACGAAGAAAAAGAGCCUGAAGUGCCACCUACACCAAUGCCACGGGCUUCUUUAAUACCGCCAGACUACUGUCUUCAAAAUCUUAACAAAAGCGACUGCGAAGGACCUCCCACACCUGUUUUUUCCUAUUACAAGCCCGGUUCUAGAUGUGAACUGGAAAUAUGGCGAGGAUGUCCAACAAACAACAAAUUCGACAACGAAUACUUGUGUUCACAUUUUUGCAUUUUCAAUUUUAUUACACCAGAUAUAACUACUCCUAUCAGUUAUGAAGGUUCAGAUCAGUGUUCGAAAACUGUAACUAAAAACACAUGUAACGAUGGAUCUCAGAAUAUAGUUUACACAUUCAACUCUGAAAAACAAGAAUGUCUGCCAUUAGUCUGGGGAGAUUGCGCAGAGCCCAAUAUAUUUAAAGAAAAACAAACCUGUAUAGAUACUUGUACUAGGUGGCAAGACGAAUUAACUAAGCUAACAGAAGAUGAGGUAAAAGAUAUAAAAACAGUGUUGUCUAACUAUUUCGAAGCAGGUACAAAUAUAAAUAAACGAUUGAAAUUAACUGAGACAUUUGAAGAUACUUCAGUAUUGCCACCAAAUAAAAAUAGCGAAGAGGGUAAAACGACAACUGAAAGUCUUGGAAUACCGGAAACCACAUUAAGAAAUGAACGCAUAAAACCAACAGAAACAACACUAACAACAGAAAGCACUGUCACAACAGAGAGUACAGUUGUGACAGAAAGUACAGUUGCAACAGAAACUACAGUUGCAACAGAAAUGCAGUUGCUACAGAGAGGACAGUUGCAACAGACAGUACAGUAG